AAGCCUGAAACUAUACAGCGAAGAAACAGAGAUCCCGUUUUCUGCCUACACAAAGAUUUCAACGGCGAUGGCCACUCACUUUUACAGUUUUUCUCCGAUUCCCGCAAAACCCAUCACCCAAACAAUCCAUAACAAGUCCAUUUUGUUGCCUAAUCCUCGUAUCUCAACCCCCAGACAUCGUAAUAACUUCGUAGCAUCAUCAUCAUCAUCUUCUACUUUUCGAGCUUCAAUUUCUCCAGCCGCUACUUCAGUUGCAGUGGAUGGACCCGCUACCUCCACCAAACCUUCCAAGUCUUUACCUUUUAGAGUGGGUCAUGGGUUCGACCUUCAUCGGUUGGAGCCUGGCUACCCUUUGAUCAUUGGUGGGAUUAAUAUUCCUCAUGAUAGAGGCUGUGAGGCUCAUUCCGAUGGCGAUGUGCUGCUUCAUUGUGUUGUUGAUGCAAUCUUGGGAGCUUUAGGCCUUCCUGAUAUAGGGCAGAUAUUUCCAGAUUCUGACCCUAAGUGGAAAGGGGCUGCAUCUUCUGUAUUCAUCAAAGAAGCUGUGAGACUCAUGCAUGAGGCUGGUUAUGAGAUUGGAAACUUAGAUGCCACCUUAAUUCUUCAAAGACCAAAACUGAGCCCCCACAAGGAGGCUAUCAAAGCCAACUUGUCUGAGCUGCUAGGGGCUGACCCUUCUGUUGUCAAUCUCAAGGCUAAGACUCAUGAAAGAGUUGACAGCCUUGGAGAAAAUCGGAGUAUUGCAGCACAUACUGUAGUUCUACUGAUGAGGAAGUAAAUAUAAGUCUCGGACAUCAGUCUCAAGUCUGACAACUGUAUACACAGCGAGUAUUGUUCUAUACUGCCAUAGAUAUGGUAUUGCUUCUUGUGUCAGCUUAAUGUAUUUGAUCGAAUCAGAUUGUUGAAUUCUCAAACAUUUCGCCUGAAAAAAACUUGGAACAAAGAUGCUAAGCUAUGGCAGGCUAAUGUUUCCAUA